UUAAUCCUGAGAGAAAUCAAAAUUAGAACACAGACUCUUCAGACUUCAGAGAGUGAAAGAGAGCGAGAUAGAGAGAGAUGAGAGACCGUUCGAUUGAUUCUAAUGGCGAGGUGAGAGCGAAGUAGUAGAUUCAGAACACAAAAACGGUCGGCGGCGUGUUCUUACAGUAAAACAACAUCAAACUGAUCGAUUGAAAGGUAAACGAGUGUUAAAAACGUAGCUAGCAGUACCAAUCUGAUUCAGCAAAGGCGACAAGAGAGCAAAGCAAGUCAGAGUGUCUGUGUCUGUGUUCGUGUUCCAACCAGGACCAUGACUCAGAUUUUCUCAAGGACGUACGAAGUAGAUUCAGAACAAAAACGGUCGACGGCGUGUUCUUACAGUACUAACAACAUCAAACUGAUCGAUUGAAAGAUAGGAGAUAUGCUAUGGUUUGAAGAAUGAAGAAGAUUCAGAACCAAACAAAAACAAAAACCUUCGCCUUACGGGACGACCGGCCCAACAGCAAGUCACCAACAAUGGGAAAAUUCUCUAAGUCAGAAUCCAAGAUGAAUAAUAUCUGGUGGAAGUAUUGUUUUCGUGUCUUUCUUCUUCAACAAAAAAUUCUGUGAAACAGCCUUCCACAAAAACAAGUCAUCACCGGAGGAGAGAAGAAGCUCGUUGUUGUUUUCCAACAAAUGAUGAUGUAUUUUGGAUCAAUCGAUGGAACAUAAUCAUCUUCUUAUUGCUCUACAAGAAGGUGCUACUGAAGUGGAACUCGACAAGGCACUUCAAACCAGAACUUUUUUGAUUUUGAACAAAAAGGUACUUGUCAUUGCCUCAUGCAACAAUUCCCUUCCACAGGUAAUAAACAAUUGAGGUACUCUCUGAUUCCUUUUAACAUUUUUGUUUUGUUUUGAUUAAGUUCUAGGAUAGUGCUGUUUUCCUUGUCUAACUGACCUUAAGAAGCUGCAAACUGCUAGAAAGAUGGUUAAUCUGCUGAGGUAUCCGUCUGCACUCAGGCCAAAAAACCAGUCACAGCUGUCUCAAGCCAGUGACAGUCAUCAGAAAAUUGUGAAAAGGGAAACGAGUUCUAAAAACAUAGCUAGCUCUACCAAACUGAUCCAGGAAAAUAAAGCUAUAUAAAGGCAAAGCUAGAUGAUGCAAAAUCAAGACAGGGAAAGAAGUGUUGAAAAUAGCACUAAUUAUUUUCAGGAAAAUCAAAGCCAUCACAAAGGCAAAAGCUAGAUGAUGACCUAACGAUAGAAAAAGCCUCUUCUUGCUCUGGAUGACCGGCCCAACAACAAGGCAACAACAACAACAACAAUGGGAAAAAUCCUCUGUAAGUAAACACUUAUUAAGAGAUCCUUAUCAUGGUUCAUCAAAUCAAAGUCAUCGCAAAGCAAAAUCAAGACAGGUGAGCCAAUUAUUGUUUCAAAAUCAGCAAGCUCUUCACUCCAUAGCUCCAGCUUUUGCCUUCACCACAAACAAGUACACCACAUCUGCCAUAAUUCAAGGGAAAUAAAGUUCUCGAAAGGCAAAAGCUAGAUGAUGAAAAAUCGAGACAGAUUCUCUCAACAACAACAAGAACGGAUAAAACCUCUGUGAUGGUCAGAAGAGGACGUUGUUUUCAUGGCAUUUCUUCAAUUCACAUCUGAUUUGAGGAGAAACUCCACAACGAGAAAAAGAUUCUGUGGAACAGCUCGUUACAAAAACAACUCAGGCAAGAAGCUUAACCGUCGAUGCAAAGACCCCAUUGCUGAUUUCGAACAAUUCAGGCAAGUGGUUCUAUUACUCAUCUAAAUCACUCAAUACAUUCACAUCAGUUCCCCAUCCAUAAGUGAGACUGAAAUUUUUGGUUAUGUUAUUGGCUUAUUGCUGCUUCUUUAGAUUUUUGGUUAUUUUUGUAUGGAAUGGAGGUUCACUUUCUUCCCAUUCAUGUUAAGGGUAAUGCUGAAUUAUGGCCCCAAAAAUGGAAAGCCCACGAAUUAAGAAAACAGCAAAAGGCCCUUUAUCUAACCCUUAGCGUUUUCAAUUUUUCAUCAAAAGGCAAAAACGCAGCGUUUUUUAGAAAGUAUGCAAACCUUGUUGAUCUAGAACGUAACAAGAAGAAAUGAAGCAGUUUCUUCUCUAGUUCUACCUUCACUCUCCAUCUCUCUCUCUGGGUUUCAUAGAUUAAGUUCUUACUUAAUCUUUUGUUCUAAAAUCGUGCUUGUGGAUUUCAUCAUCUUCAUUGAGUUUGUGGUUUGAUUGGAACGGAUUGGUUCGCUAGGGUUUUAAAGUCCAAGAAGAUGGAUCAUAUCAUAAGCGAUCUACCAGAUGAAAUUAUUAGGCUAAUCGUGAGUUUUGUUGCUGCAAAGGAUGCUGCGUCUUUGUUGGUUACCUCAAGGAUGUUUGGGAAUCUCUAUACCAUCAUACCAGAUCUUGUGUUCGAUGACACAUCUAAGUUUCAUGGGACUUUCACGGAUUUCGUUAGUGAAGCAAUGGCUCGGCUGGAAACUAAUACGUGCAUAAGGAGGUUCUCUUUAAAAUCUGAAAGGGGUCUUGAUCCAGAUCGUAUCAACCACUGGCUACGUGAUGUGUUAAAUCAUCGUGGUGUCAUGGAUAUUGAAAUUUGUAUAUAUGGUGGUUAUAGAUAUAAUAAAUUGCCUUUAGAGUUCUUCACUUGCAAGACACUCAAAAAGCUGAAACUAGGGCGGGAUAUUGUUAUUAGUGUGCUGCCUCAGAAUGCUUUGCUACCAAGCCUUGAGACUCUCGUUUUAGACUCCGUUCGGUUCUGUAACCCUGUUGAUUGUGCGUUUAAGGCGUUUCUUUCGGCUUGCCCUGUGCUUAAGGAACUAAUCAUUGAUGGUGUGUGCUGGGAAACUUGCGAAUGGUCAGGCAUCAUGUCUAGUCAAAGUCUUCAAAGACUUACUAUUGGUCGUGAACUGUCAGGUUUUGAUGGACCUGAUCCACAGUACAUUACUUUUGAUACUCCAAGUCUUACCUACUUAGACUACUGUGAUUUUGUCCCGGAUGGGUAUGCAAUUGUUAAUUUCGAGUCCCUUGUGGAAGCUAAGCUCAAUCUUCUUGUGAUGGUAAAUCGCCAAUGGGAUUGGGAGUUUGCAGAUGAUGGUGAUAUCUUGUCUAGCAAUGCAACAAAUCUGAUUCAAGGGAUAAGAAAUGUCCAGAUCCUGGAAUUAUCAUCUCCUUAUACUUAUGAGAUGCUUUACUUCUUCCGUGAGGCAAUUCCAGUAUUUGAAAAGCUACAUCAUUUAAUUAUGACGCAUGAUGAUGCGGGAUUCUGUUGGAGAUUUCUUCCAUUUCUGCUAAACAAGGCUCCAAAUCUGAAGACUAGCCAUGGGCAUUCGGGUACUCGGGUCGGAUUCGAGUAAGAACGGAUCGGGUUCGGAUUUUUCGGGUAGAGGAGUUUAGGACUCAAUAGGGUAAACAGAAAAUAUCGGUUCGGGUUCAGUUCGGGUCUUACCGGGUUCAGGUCGGUUCAGGUCUAAAAUUUCAGAACCUAUAAAUACCCGAAAAAAUCGGGUAUCAUCCGGGUUCGGGUUUUUUUGUACCCGAUUACCCGAAAUUUAACCCGAUCACCUGAAUUUUACCCGAUUACCCGGAAAUUUUAAUGUUAAAUAUUAAAAUUAAAAAAUUUUAAAAUUGGUUAAUUUUUAAAAAAAUAUAACUAAACAUUUCA